AUGACGCCCCCAGGGGUCAUACAGGUGCAGGCCGCGCUGCAGGGCGCAUUCCCCGCCUGCGACGACCUGUCCAGCGACCCGGCGCGCGGCAUAACGGCCUUCAGCCCGCACCUGUCGCUGGGGCAGUGGCGGGGCGCGGCGGCGGCGGAGGCGGCGGCGGGGCGGCUGGCUGCGGCCUGGCCCGCAGGCGGGGUCUCCUUCACGGUGGACGAGGUCUUCCUGAUAUCGCGCCGCGGCUUCGACAGCCCCUUCGCCUUCCGCUGGGCCGUGCCGCUGGGCGGCGCGGGGCCGCAGCGGCGGGUGGAUGCGCCGUACGUCGCGAGCAUGGGCAGGGCGCCGCCGGCGCUGCUGGAGGCAGGCGGCGACGGGCUGCGCAAAUUCGGCCUCGGCGCGUCCGCGGCGGGCGCCGUCUGGACCUUCGCCUUCGGCGCCAACAUGGCCCCCUCAAAGCUCGCCGCCCGCCGCGCCGCGCCGCUCGAGAGCCGCCCCGCGCGGUUGCGCGCCCGGCGGCUCGUGUUCGACCACCGCGGCGGGUUCGGCAACCUGGUUCCCCCCGACGACCCCGCGGCGGCGGCGCUGGUGGCGGCGGCGGCGGGCUCGGCGGCGCCGGGCGACGUGCACGGCGUGCUGCAUCGGCUGGCGCCGGAGGGUUUUGCCGCGCUGUGCAAUGCGGAGCACGAGUACUGGCCGCUUGAGGAGGAGGUGGGCGGCUGGCUGGCAGGGGUGUCGUGCAUGCGCGCAUGCGGGGCGCCGUCGCAGGGGUUCGGGGCCGCGCGCGGGGAGGGCGCCUUGCUUGCUGAUGAGAUUUGA